AUGCCUGAACUACGGAAGAGAAAAUUCAGUGACAGCAAAGACGAAUCCCCGGACUCAGAAAGUGAGUCAAAACUCGAAGAUGGCGACUCCGAAGACAAGUCACCAGACGAGAAAGGGGACAGUAAGUUUCCCACAGUAGUCCCUAAGGGAACAGAUAAGAUACCAAAGGUCUUGGAUCCAUAUUUGCAGCGUCUGUCAUCACGAUGGAGGAAUUGGGUGGUGCGUGGCAUUUUCACAGUCUUCAUGAUCACUGGUUUCUGUUUUGUGAUAUACCAGGGACCUCUAGCUCUGAUGAUGAUCACGCUGAUAAUCCAAGUGAAGUGCUACCAGGAGAUAAUCGAUAUUGGCUACACUGUGUAUCGCAUACAUGGCCUGCCAUGGUUUCGCUCCUUGUCCUGGUAUUUUCUUCUGACCACCAACUACUUCUGUUAUGGAGAGAGUUUAAUAGAUUAUUUUAGUGUCCUGAUCAAUCGAGUUAACUAUCUUCAGUUCCUAGUGGUUCACCACAGGUUCAUCUCAUUCUUCUUGUAUCUGAUUGGCUUCAUCUGGUUUGUGCUGUCUCUGGUGAAGAAAUAUUACAUGAAGCAGUUCUCGCUUUUUGCCUGGACUCACGUUGCCCUGUUUAUCAUUGUGACAGAGAGCUACCUUAUAAUUCAAAACUUGUUUGAGGGCCUCAUUUGGUUCCUCGUGCCAGUUUCCAUGGUCAUAUGCAACGACAUGAUGGCGUAUGUUUUUGGAUUUUUCUUUGGCAGAACACCGCUUAUCAAACUUUCACCAAAGAAGACGUGGGAAGGGUUUAUCGGGGGAGGAAUCUCGACCAUCAUAUUUGGGUUGGUGAUGUCUUACAUCAUGUGCCAGUUCAAGUUUUUCAUCUGCCCAAUCGAGUACAAUGAGACUCUGGAGCAAAUGACCCUAGAUUGUGAGCCUUCGCCACUGUUUCAGCUACAGGAGUACUCUCUACCUUGGGGGUUGUUUGGUGUCAAGUCGGUACGAUUGUAUCCGUUCCUUCUCCAUUCCCUCGCGAUGUCUAUGUUCAGUUCCAUCAUCGGUCCGUUUGGCGGGUUUUUUGCCAGCGGUUUUAAGAGGGCGUUCAAGAUCAAGGAUUUUGGUGAUGUCAUCCCGGGCCACGGAGGAAUAGUCGAUCGCUUUGACUGUCAGUUCUUGAUGGCCACGUUUGUCAAUGUCUACAUAACCAGCUUCAUUCGAGUGCCCUCCCCGCAGAAGUUGCUGCAGAAUGUGUACAGUCUCAAACCUGAGAACCAGGUGCAGUUCUUCAUGACCCUUAAGGAGUCUCUUGAAAGUCGUGGCUUGCUGUAUCCACAGUGAUGCUGUCAAACGCUUGUGGAGUAAGUGUUCUUUUUUGGAACUUUACUUGUUUUUUUGUUGUUGUUACAUUCCACAUAUGCACUAUUAAAAAAUGUGUUGUGCCUUCCUGAAUUUUAUAACAGUUAAACAUAUACUAUAUAUUUUACCAGAUAUACUUGCACAAAUAGAUUGAUUUUUUAUUGUGUUCACCAAAGUUCUUAAUUAUAUUGAAUCUGAGUAGGUGUGUAUAGUUUAUAGUUAUGUAAUUUUUAAAAAAAAAAUUGUAAUUUAUAAUUUUGUUGUCACUAAGUUGUUGUUGUUGUUGUUGUUAUAAGUGUGUUGAUUUGUGGAUUUGUGAAUGCUUUUGCAAUUAUAAUAUAAAGUGGAUUUUACAUUGACACUGCUUGUGCCUCUAGGUUAAAUUUAAAACUUUGACUAACGUCAGUGUAAUUGGUUAGUAGUUACAUUUUGAAGAGAAUGUCUAGGAAAAAAUGGGGAUGUUUGCAGUAAAGUUGGCAUUCUUUAAUUCAACAUUCUUUGGUUCUGCCAAUUCUGUUAUCCAGCAGCGCCGAUAGUGCCACACACAUUUGAAUUUUUUUGCCAGUGGACUCGUUUUUUAUAGUGGGUUACAUAUAACAUUUACACAAUUUAGCAACUGUGUAGAAUGUACAGCCAUAGAAUAGCUAAUUACGUGUUUCAAAUAUUGUUUUGUACUGUAUGGUAUAUUUUUUGGUGUUUUCUUAAAAAAUAUAUGGACAUUCAAUAAUCUGGCAAAAUCGGUUAUGCUGGAUUUAAGAGCCUUUACUUUAGUAGGCUCUACAGCCAACAGUUGGAGAAAAGUCUCAAUUCAAAUAUUGCUAUUUUAAAUGUUAAUUAAAUUAUUAUUGUGUAAAGUGGUUCAUGAUUUUCUUUUUUCUUGUGAAAUAAUGUAACAUGUAGUACCUCUGUAGCAUUUUCACAUUCAAAUACUGUUUCCUUGUAUAUGAAGCUUCACUUUUACUUUGGUUAACUAUUUAGUUUUUUAAGCAUAAUGUGCAAUUUACUGUUACUUUUGUUCACAAAAAAAAAGAAAGCAAUUAUUCUUUCAGUCCCACCCAAACCUGCGAGCAAUAAAUCAAAGCUUGACUCUGAGAGCUAAAAUUCUU